AUGAGUCAAUCACUUUCUAUACCUCCAUACUUUGACGGAAGUAAUUAUGCUUACUGGAAGGUUAGAAUUCGUGCAUUUCUUAAGUCCUUAGAUGAGCAUGUUUGGUUGAGUGUGAAAAAUGGCUGGAAACCUCCCUCCACUAUCGUAUCAGGAACUGUUAACCUUACUGAUAUAUCACUGUGGACUAAGGAUAAGAUAGCUGAGUGUAAUUGGAAUAGAAAGAGACUUCAUGCCUUGUUUAUGGUCGUGUCUCCCAAAGAGUUUAGAAGAGUGUCAAUGUGCGAAACUGCUAAAGAGGUGUGGGAUAUUCUUGAAACUACACACGAGGGAACUAAAACGGAUGAAUCUUCCGAUACUGAGUCUCUGAGGGACGAUGAAAUUGCUUACUUUGUGAAGAAAUUUCAAAAGGCUCUCAAGAAUAGAAGAAAGCCUCAGGAUAGAAAAAGUAGAGUCCCUAGCAGAUUCUCAAAAGAAAAAACUGAAAGGUUUAACAAUAAAAGUUCUAGUGAUAAACCACGUUUGGUUAGGUGCCAUGAAUGUCAAGGUAUAGGUCACUAUAGGAAUGAGUGCCCUAGUUAUAAGAAGAAUCAAAGAAUAGGGCAGGGUAAGGCCUUAGUUGUUUCACUUACUGAUAACAAGUCUGAGACCAGUGAUAGGCAGGAGUCAUCUAGUAGUGAAGAUGAAGGGAACUAUAUGGCAUUUGUGUCGACUAUUAAGAGUGAAUCUGAUAAGGAGAAAAAAGAGAGACAUGCUAGUAAUCUCCAGAAUUCACUUAAGAGUGUCAGUGAGUUAAAAUGUGUCAAUGAGAAGUUGGAAGACAAGGUUAAGACAUUAACUAGUGAAUUGGAGAAAUCUAAUGCUCAUCUUCAGACUUUCAUAAGUGGAACUAAGAAAUUGGAUGAUAUUUUGGGAAUGAAUAAGCCUACAGGAGAUAGGAAAGGUCUAGGAUAUGUUGAGGGUAAUACACAUGGUGUUGGUCCAUCUAAAACUGUAUUCAUUUCUGCCUCUAGGAAGUCUAACGCUGUCAACAGUCCAAAUAAGGGUAAGAAUGUUUCAAGGGAACAAAGUCAUCAAUCACGUAGAAAUUUUAUGCCCAAACACCCACAGACAUGUACCUACUGUGGAGCUCUAGGACACACUAGGCCUAGAUGUUAUAAGUUAGGCAAUGAGCGUAGAAAUCGGAAUAUUCCAAGUCAGGUCAGUUUUCUGACUAAUCAGGUUAGUCAUUUGACUGAGAUGCUUACUAAGCUGACUAGGAGUACCACGUCAUCUAAGAAAGUUUGGGUUAAAAAGGAGGAUCUAGCUGGACUUUCAGGUCAGGUAAAUUGCUAUGUUGCAUUAAAAGCCCAAGAUUUCAAUAUGUGGUACUUUGAUAGUGCUUGUUCUAGGCAUAUGUGUGGUAACAAGACUUUAUUCAUACUCUUGAUGAAUGCAAUGGGGGUAUGGUUACCUUUGGAGAUGAGGGUUCUACACCUAUUCUUGGCAAAGAGAUGUACCGUGUAUGAUUCAUUCGGUGGGGUGGUCCUUGAAGGGGUUAGAACGUCUGAUAACUGUUAUAGAGUCCUACCUAAUUCUAACUAUGUGUGUAGGAGUGCAAAAAUGGAUAUGAGUGAACUCUGGCAUAAAAGAUUGGGUCAUUUAAACUAUAAGAGUCUAGUACAACUGGCUAAAAAGGAGUUGGUAAAUGGUUUGCCUAAAAUAGGUCCUAGUGAAAAUGUUGUGACUGAGAGUCUAGGAGGUAAGCGGUAUAUUCUGGUUGUGGUAGAUGAUUUCUCGAGGUUCACAUGGGUAGAAUUGUUUAGGGAAAAAUCUGAUGCAUGUGACCUUAUAAAAUCUUUUUGUAAACGGCUUAGUAAUAAACUCAAUCACAAAGUGUCCAGAAUGCGAAGUGAUCAUGGAAAAGAGUUUGAAAAUUUCAAUCUUGAGAGCUUCUGCAUGGAUGAAGGGAUACUACAUGAGUUCUUUUCCCCUAUCACUCCUCAACAAAAUGGGGUGGUUGAAAGGAAGAAUCGUGUUCUUUAG